CAAAACUCCACUCAUCUCUGCUCCUUGUGUUGGGAGAGGAGGCAGAAAUCUCAGAGACAAAUAUGUCAAAACCUGGACACAUAAAACCAAAACCAUCAUGACUACUUACCACUAGAGGUAACUUAAAGGAAGGAAAGGUCAGAAGUUCAAACCACCAACACUGAGCAACUGGUCAGAAAUGUGGUUGGAAAUUUGAUAUUUGAGGUUUUUCAAACUUAUAGAAAGAUAAAGAAACACACAUUUUGUAUUAUCACAUUGGGGCCACUAUACUGUAUGAAUGACUGACCUGUUGGCUAACAUCCAGACACAGACAGAGCAUUUCGCAGAGUCGACUGGGACAGAGGAGCACGUGAUACACGCAAACAGGCCGGGGUCAACAACACUGACAUGACACCACGAAACAGAUCGUAAACAUACACAGCACAAAUAUCAGCUGUAGAGUCAUUCUUACUGACUUUAUUCUUGAACGGAGCUUGAGUUUUGGUUUUUAAUUAUACACAUAUUUUAAAAAGCAAUCAGGAUUUUAAUCAAAAUCAUUAAAAGACAAAUAUUGAUCGUAUAACUUACUCCCCCCUGAUGAAGCGUGCUGUAGCCCGAAGCUGUGAAUAAAUUGCUCGUGUUGCUGUGUCACGCACAUGGGCUGAAUCGGGUGAACACACUGACACACAUAACUGCAUGUGGAGUCUGGAACUACUGCCUAAAUUCUUAAUGCUGGUGGUUCAUUAUCAGGUUUCAGUGCUUGCAGAUGUCCCCGAUAAUAAAAGGAUCCAGAUAAAACCUGUGAUAAAGAUUAUUUUUGCACAGAUUAGUUCUCACCUACAGACAUGCAGUUAGGUCAAGUAACGGUGUUUUUACUCAGUUAAACCCUAAACAUCCCCGCAGUCUCCCAGUCCACAGCUGGCCUCCUCACCGAAUCAAUGUCAUGCAGCAAGCGUUAAUACCCAAGGAUAGGAAAGUCAAAAUCAAAGUGGUAGUCAUGGAAACAGCCCAGGCCUCUUUCCACCCACCAAUCGAUGAGGUUCUGUGUGUGUGGUGGGCCGGAUGUGGCGAGGAGAACCCCUGUCCCACAUUCAGACACAGACCCCCUCGUCCUCUGCAGCAGGGUAGACAGAAACAGAAAUCCAGACACAGUGAGGGCGGACAGAGGAAGACAGAGAAAAGAUGGUGAAACAAGUUGUUCAGAUCCAUGUUGGGAUGCUGUUUUUGGCUCUCUGUCUGCACUUGGGGGCAGCUGCUGCAGGCAUACUAAAAGUUGAAGGGGCCCAGGAUGGAGGUGGCAGCGGCGGGGACACCAUCAGCCACUCUAUGACCCUCGUGCAGCGUCUGGAGGCCCUGCUGGUUCAGGGGAACAGCAGUGACGUAUCGCUCAGGGUGGAGACGCCCACCGCAGAUGAGGUGAAGGUGAUCCAGGCUCACUCGCUGGUGCUCUCCCUCCAGAGCCCUGUGUUUGAGGAGAUGCUGCUGAGCCGCAACGGCAGCAUGCUGGUCCUGAAAGAGAGCUCCGACUGUGCUGCUGUGUUUGACAAGUUCAUCAGGUAUCUGUAUUGUGGGGAGAUUUCUCUGCGUUUGGACCAGGCCACACCUUUACACAAGCUGGCCACUAAGUACCAAGUGAUGGUUCUCCAGCAGGGCAUCACCCAGUACAUGACCCAGAAUCUGGCCCGGGACUCCUCCUCAGGCCACGUGGCGGGCUGGUACGAGUACGCCCUGCAGACCGGGGACGUGACUCUGAGGGACAGCUGUCUUCAGUUUAUGGCCUGGAACCUGUCGUCGGUGCUGCAGAGCGGAGAGUGGGUGACCAUCAGCAGCCAGCUGCUCAUGUCCCUGCUGCAGCGCUCGGACCUCAUCCUGCAGAGUGAGAUGGAGCUCUUUGCAGCGCUGGAGGCCUGGAUUAUUCAGAAUGAGCCGGACGGUCUGACAGCAGAGAACGCUUUGAGAGCUGUGCGUUAUGCCAUGAUGCCGCCACGGGAGCUCUUCCGCCUGCAGACCCAGUCAUCAGUCCUGGCUCGCUUUCAGGAGUCGGUGCGCGACCUGCUGUACAUGUCCUACCAGUUUCACUCUGCAUCACCACUGCACAUGGCCAAAUACUUUGACGUGAACUGCAGCCUCUUCAUGCCCAGGAAUUACCUGUCGCCAGUGUGGGGGUCGCCCUGGAUCAUCACCAACCCCACGCGAGACGACCGCAGCACCAGCUUCCAGACCCAGCUGGGGCCCAGCAGCCACGAUGCCAGCAAGCGGGUGACUUGGAACGCCCUGUUCUCGCCACGCUGGUUACCCCUCAGUAUGAGGCCGAUGUACACGGAGACAGGUGCCAUGCAGCCAACACGUGUGGAGGGAGGGCGCCCUCGCAUCAUCAUCACGCCGGCCACGUCCAGCGCAGAUUUUGCCGGGGUGAACUUCCAGAAAACAGUGCUUGUGAUGGCUCAGCAGCAGGGGAAGAUGGUGGUGAAGCACGUCUACAACUUCCACCAGAGCACGGAGGAAAAUGGUGAUUUCUUGGCCGAAGCCGACCUGUACCGGCGGACGUCUGACUACCUCAUCGAUAGCUCCCUCUUCCUCCAUAUUGUGGUGAAGCCGCUGUACCAAACCCUCAUAACCACCAAGAACUGACCCUCCACCCACCUCUCUGAGCCACCUUACCUCACCGCACGCAAUCCAACCCUGUGAAGCGACAUCUCACUCAUAUCACUUCAUGGGGACAUGGAUCUGAAUCCUCCUCGUUUGUGAUGUUUGGAUCAUUUGUCUUGUCUCAUACAACUGCUGUUUUCAUUGGGCAACUAACACACCAAAGCUUGACUUAUGACUGUCUGAGAGCAUUUUGCAAAUCAUGCUGAGUGUAAAAUCAUGAUGAAACAUGUCUCUUAAAGGAUAAGUCUGGUUCUAUUUUAGAUUUUUUUUACUGUCAAUAAAUCCCAUGAAAAGACCAAAACCAACAUUGAAUGUAUCCUACAAACAAGUAUUGUGUGUGUUUCCGAAAGCUAAUAUAAACCUCAUUCCUCUGAGCCACAGAGCUGCAUUGUUGUCCAGAAACUAUUAAAACACAUCAGUGAGCCACACUGUUGCGCUGGGUGACAUAUACUCAAAUACUCACAAGAGCACCACAUGUGUAUUGAUCCGCCACUGAAAAUAGUCCCCAACAAAUGCACUAUUUCCUCCUGUUUGAAUAAUGUUUGCUUAAAACUACAGUGACCAGCUGUUUUAGGAAAUGAGUGAGGCUUUUGUAAAAAUUAAACUGUAUAUUUGUGAGGUAUUUUUAAAAACGUACGUCUUCAGUGGGAACCAAUGGGCUUGGGGCUGAGAGCCACAGACAGGAAAGUCAGAAAAUACUGACAGACAGACUUACACAUUGUUGGUUUGGUCUUUUCAUGGGAUUUGUUGACAAUAAGAAAAAUAUAGAAUAUUGCCAGCCUUAUCCUUCAUGUAUGAGGUACUGUUCCAAACACAUUUCUUUGUAAUGUUUUUAAAUAUUGGUGCUAUUAUACCCCAUUUACAAUUAAGGGGUCACAGUUGUCAUUCAUCACCCACUGAGCACUGAUUUGGUGAUUUGUAGGUCAAACUACAUUUAGAAGUCUAGGUUAAAAUUGGACUAAAUUUGGUUGAAAAGUAAACAUUUUUCAGACGUCUAGGUUACAUAUAACCCUUGUUUCAACAGUAUUUUGACUAUAUGUCAACAUGUUGUUAGAACUUGCUCAAAAGUGAAAUAUAGUCAUUAAAUGUUGUUGAUGUAAAAAGAAAACUCACUUUUCAACCAAAUCUAGCCCAGUUUUAACUUAAAUAAGUCACUUUUGACCUGCAAAUCACUAAAUCAGUGCUUACUGGGCACCAAAUGUUCAUCCUGUUGAACUUCAGGUGCUCUGACAGGCAUAUUUUCACUUUUUACUUUUACUUUAGUCAUAUUAUAUUUACAAAACCACUCUUAUAAGCCCUCACACCACUGUAGAUGUCAGAGUACCUAGUCAUUAGUUCAUCAAUGUGAUUGAAAUUACCUAGAUUCACUGUUGCAUUAAUCAAUGUUACCUAAUAAAUUGUAAUCAAUGUUAAAUAAUAAAGAUUUUUACUAAAAAAGUGAAAA